UAGUAUAGCACCAUAUCCACAAGUCUCAUUGCUUCCACAAACGGUAGACUUUAGAUCCAAAAUACCACUACUCUUUCCUCCAAAACAUGGCUUCAACCACCAAAGACUCAGAUUUGGAAUAUUUGGAACACAUUCAACAAUACCUUCUUUUUGAUGAUUCUAGCAUGCUGAAAUCUCAUCAACCUUUUCCAAGCCCUAAAAGUGACAAUGAUUUAGACACAACUGUAGAGGCGCGUGAAGUAAGCAUGCCUCCUGUAUGGAAGCGGUACAAGGGAGUGAGGCGUAGGCCAUGGGGGAAGUUCGCAGCUGAGAUAAGAGAUCCAAAAAAGAAUGGUGCUAGAGUUUGGCUUGGAACGUAUGUGACUGAGGAGGAAGCAGCUUUGGCUUACGACAAAGCUGCUUUUAAGAUGCGAGGCCGAAAGGCCAAGCUUAAUUUUCCCCACCUCAUUGGCUCUGAUGUGUCUACAUCUGAGCCAGAGAGGGAGGUGGUUUUGAAAAGGGAAUCACCCGAGCCUUCUUCUUCUUCAUCGGAGGGAAGUUGUGAGUCAGUGUCACCAGGGUUGAAGAGGAGGAGGGGCAUGGUUGACCUACUUAACAAAUUAGCCAAGAAUAGAAGCCAAGUAGCCACGGUGGUUGGCGUUGAAAAGGCCUCACAAGCAAAUGAUUUUGAGCAGUGGGUGAAUGAGUUGAAUGAUUGCACUCUAAUCUAGAGCUCAUAGUGUAGUUGCAUUUAUUUUAUUUUUUCUUCUAAUUUGUGCAGUUUCCUAAUAUUUUUUUCAUCACCCUUUUGAUAUUAAUCAAGGCGUGAUGUUAAGCAAAACAAAAACAAUAUGCUUUUGUUAUUUUUCCAAAAAUUUCUUUGGAUUUGAUUUAAGUUGAAGAAAAGGAUAUUUAAUAUGCAGAAUUUCCUUUCCAAAAAAAAAAAAAAAAAAGAUGCACCAUUUCAAUCCUUUCUAUCCUUAUGUAACCAAAAAAAAAAUCCUUUCUAUCCUUAGUACAAGCAAGUUAAGUUAUCCAAUCCCUCAA